AUGGAUAUCGAGGUAGCAAGAAAAAACAUAGGGUGCGAUAGUGUUUCGAUAGCUAAGAGGAUGAGGUCGCUAUUUUACCUGCGGAACGUGCUGCUUCCCGAAUCUGCAAGGGCGAUUACAGAGGCGUUCGGAUCCAAGUCUGUUCUCCUGAAGCAUGAGGCAGCAUAUGUACUUGGGCAAAUGCGCAUGGAGGAGUCUGUUAGGGUGCUCCUGGACGUUUUAUCUGACGAGGACGAGGACGAGAUUGUCAGGCAUGAGGCUGGAGAGGCGCUGGGGAACUUUAGGCCCAGGGAAGAAAUAGUUGAGGCGCUAAGGAAAUACUCUAACCAUCCGAAGAAGCCCAUUUCCGAGACCUGCUAUCUAGCAUUGAUGAAGCUGAAGGACGGCUCUGACAUAGUAUCCAAAUUUGGGUCUAGGGAUCCUGCACUUCCGAUGGAAGGAAGUUUCGAAGAGGCAAGAAGGAUUCUACUGGACAAGAAUGAAUGUCUGUAUAGGAGAUACCAGGCAAUGUUCUAUUUGAGAGAUCUAGGGACUUCUGCCGCCAUACAUGCUCUUGGAAAGUCUAUGGAAGAUGAUUCAGCACUAUUCAAGCACGAGGUAUCGUUUGUGUUUGGGCAGAUGAGGUCAAGAGAGUCUAUCCCAUAUCUUAUCAAAGGAAUGGAGGACGAGAAGGAGCAUGGAAUGGUUAGACAUGAGUGUGCAGAGGCACUGGGCGCAAUUGGGGAUGAUGCAGCCUUGAAGGCGCUGUCUAAGUAUCUUCAUGAUCCUUGCGAUAUCCUGAGGGAAAGCGUAGAAGUAGCUGUAGACAUUCAUAGCUAUAUGACAGGUGACGAGAUAGAAUAUUGCAACGCAGAGUGA